AAAAUGGUAAAGAUGGAAGUGCCAUGUCCAUUGAUAUUCAAGAUUGUUUUUAUGGUAGUGGUGGUGGUGGUGGUGGUGGUUUCUUCAAAUGCGGUGGUGGCAACACCAGAGUUUCCGGCCAUGUUUGUGAUGGGAGAUUCAAUAGUGGAUGAUGGGAACAACAACAACUUGAACUCUCUUGCAAAAUCAAACUUCAUGCCUUAUGGCAUCGAUUUUAAUGGAGGACCAUCCGGCAGAUUUUGCAAUGGGAAAACCAUUAUUGAUUUUCUUGGAGAAUUGUUAGGUCUUCCUUAUCUUCCAGCAUUUGCAGAUUCUUCAACAACAGGAGGCAAUGUUCUUAGGGGUGUAAACUACGCUUCAGCAGCAGCAGGAAUCCUUGAUGAGACCGGAAGAAAUCUAGGAGAUCGGUAUAGCCUAAGUCAACAGGUCCAGAACUUUGAAAGCACUUUGAAUCAACUAAGGAGCCAAAUGGAUGAAAAUUCACUUAGCCAAUACUUGGCAAAAUCCUUGGUUGUCAUAGUCCUUGGUAGCAACGACUACAUUAACAACUAUCUCGAGCCUUCUUUCUACACAUCAAGCUAUUUGUACACCCCUAAUGACUAUGCUGAUCUUCUCAUAAACCAUUAUACAAGGCAAAUCUUGACACUUCACAGCCUAGGGUUCAGAAAGUUCUUCUUAGCAGACAUUGGUCCACUUGGUUGCAUACCAAACCAACUAGCAACUGGGCUCGCUCCACCGAGGAAGUGUGUGUUCUUUGUGAACGAGCUAGUUAAAAUGUUCAACACACGACUCAGGUCUCUCGUUGAUCAACUAAAUGCAAACCAUCCGGGGGCAAUUUUUGUGCAUGGCAACACUUAUGGAGCGCUCAAUGACAUACUCAAUUCCCCAAUAAACUAUGGUAAGUCUCAAGGUUUGAACUCAAGUUUAUUCGAUAUCGAUAAUUAUGGUUAUAUAUUUGCAGGAUUUAGCGUUACCAAUAGAGCAUGUUGUGGCAUGGGGAUGAAUGAAGCACAAAUAACAUGCCUUCCCUUCUCGGUUCCCUGCGUGGAUAGGGACCAAUACGUGUUUUGGGAUGCCUUUCAUCCAACACAAGCAGUCAACAAGAUUCUUGCUCACAAGGCUUAUGCAGGAUCACGCUCUGAGUGUUAUCCCAUGAACAUACAACAAAUGAUUUCCAACAAUAAUUUAUCUUCAUAAACUCACCAUCCACAUAAAUGUCUUUGUACGGAUAAGGAAAUAUGCAUACAUACAAUAAUAUCAUGGAUAUUAUGAGUUUUCAUUAUUUGUUAACAAGACCAAUUUUGUCUACUAAAUGGUUUAAUUGAUAUUAUA